AUGAUUAUGAAAGUUGAUACAUCUAAUACUAAUACAAUUUGGUUUGGGGCCUACCUUGAAUGUGACUUUUUAUUUUUCUCAAAUUUUUCUUUCCUUUCCAAAUUGGAAGUAAGUUUAUCUUCUCUGUGUUCUGAUCAAUUCAGGAAAGGUGACUACUACCGGUAUCUUGCUGAGUUUAAGACUGACCAGGAAAGAAAAGAGGUUGUUGAACAAUCACUGAAGGGUUAUGAGGCUGUUUCUACUAUUGCAAAUACAGAUCUCCCUUCAACACACCCAAUUCGUCUUGGCCUUGCUCUUAACUUCUCUGUCUUCUAUUAUGAGAUUAUGAAUUCCCUUGAGAGGAAAGGUGACUACUACUAGUAUCUUGCUGAGUUUAAGACUGACCAGGAAAGAAAAGAGAUUAUUCUUAUGAGAUUAUCUUGCUGGUAUC